AUGGUUCAAUUGGGAGAUAUAAGGCACGGCUGGUGGCAAAAGGCUUUAGUCAGGAAGAGGGCAUUGAUUAUGGAUAGACUUUUAGUCCUGUUGUUAAACCAACAAACAGUAAGAUUAGUCUUGGCUUUAUCUGCACAUUUUGGCUGGACUUUGAGACAAUUGGAUGUGAAGAAUGCCUUCCUCCAUGGCAUAUUGCAAGAAGAAGUCUAUAUGACACAGCCACCUGGGUUUGUUGAUCCAAAGCAUGAAGAUUAUGUGUGCAGGUUACAUAAAUCCCUCUACGGUUUAAAACAGGCACCACGGGCCUGGAAUGAGAGGUUCACGACUUUUUUACCAUCUUUAGGGUUCAAGUCUACAUAUGCCGAUUCAUCCUUGUUUGUGAAAACUGUUGAUCAUUCUGUGGUGAUCCUGCUUUUAUAUGUGGAUGACAUAAUCAUAACAGGGAGUGCUAUGCCAUUUAUCACUGAAGUUAUUCAAUCUCUUGCUAAGGAGUUUGAAAUCAAAGAUUUGGGACCCCUUCACUAUUUUCUGGGGAUUCAAAUUGUGCAGAAUAAGGAUGACAUGUUUCUUUCCCAAGACAAGUAUGUAACUGACCUUUUAACUAAGUCAGACAUGCUUCUCUCUAAACCAUGUGCUACUCCAUGUUUGCCAUACAAUAGACUGCUCCUCGAUGAUGGCAAGCCGUACAAUAAUCCUUCCUUGUAUAGGAGCUUGGUUGGUGCCCUACAAUACUUGACAUUUACUAGACCGGACAUUGCUUUUGCAGUGCAUCAGGUCUGUCAAUUUAUGCAAAGACCGAUGGAAUCUCAUUUUGUGGCUGUGAAACAGAUCCUCAUGUAUCUAAAGGCUACUCGAGGCUGUGAUUGGGCUGGAGACCCUAAUGAUCGACGAUCAACUACGGGCAUGGUGGUGUUCUUGGGUUCUAAUCCUAUUUCCUGGUUGUCUAAGAAACAAACCACAGUCUCUCGGUCAUCAACAGAGGCUGAAUAUCGGGCACUAUCUACUACAGCUACUGAACUGGAUUGGCUCAAGUCUCUGCUGCAUUUUCUACAGAUUUCAAUUACUGAGCAACCUCUCCUCUUUUUUGUGACAAUUUGUCUGCGAUAG